GUCCAGCAUAAAUCCGCCUUCCCUUCACCCUGGUGUUUCCUCCCCUCGUAUUGCCUCUGAUUUGAUUUCCUCGGCAGUCGAUGGUGCAAUCGCCACGCUAUGUGUAUUCUCAACCUUUCCAACGAGCUCCUACGCGAGAUACUCGAUCACAUCGAUCCUGAAAAGCCCAUAGGACCGGACCGGCGCGCCUAUCUCUCCCAAGAAAGUUUUGAGCUGCCCCCAGACCCGGACCCGGACCAGUCUCAGGAUAUUGCCAACUUCCGGCUAGCAUGCAAGAGGUUUUCCGAUUUGGGGGCGGUUCAUCAGUUCUCGCGCGUCACCACACGCUUCUCACGCAAAGGCCUGAAGCGUCUAGAAAACAUCGCCAGCCAGCAGCACCUCGCCGAACAUGUCAAAAAGUUCAGCUACAUGGUACCAUUUUUUUACGUUGAAGGACGAGCACGCGUGCGCGAACUGUUGCCGGCACUACCCCAAAAUCUCGGAACACUCGAUGUCAGACACUUUGUCCAAAAAGUUAAAGAGCAGAAAGAGAUCGUCGAGACCGAAGAGGACGCCCGUGUUCUAAAUAAAGCAAUAUCGGCUUUCACAUCGCUUCAACAUGUGCAGAUACUUCGACUGCAAGACCAGCAAGAUGGAAUGCUCAUAUCCUAUAUCCGGGAACAUGACCCUUUAAGCACCUUGGUCGAGCUCAGGUGGGCACCAGCCUGUUCACAUUCCACCAAGACCAUUGGUGCCGCUUUACUUGCGAACAAAUCCCCCUGCUCUCGCUUCUCAUCGCCGAUGCUGAGUCCGCAAAGCGUCCUAGGGGCCGUAAACGAUCCGCCAUCAACACUAAGUGUUCUCGCGGAACGAUUGACUUGCCUAGAACUGCAUUUUGACGACGGUACGGAUCUAGACAAUCGUAUGCGGGCACUUUCCACUUUGUCUAGGGCAGUGUUUAGCGCCGCUAAAAACAUGCAAGCCCUGCACAUAGGGUUUCCGUCACACAGGCCGUUGAGUCUGCCUCUCGAAGAGGUCUUCCACAACAUCAAAUGGGAUAAGCUGCUCGCUUUCGGCAUCCAGUCUUGGAGACUUGACGCUGACGAGAUCAUAGCCUUUGCACAAAGGCAUCGAGAGAAGCUUCGCGGACUUAGGCUCAGAGACGUGCUACUCAAGGAUGGUAGCAGGUGGCAGGACGUACUCGGGUUUCUGAGAACGGACAUGCCGAGAUUAGAUUGGGUUAGCCUGCGGCGUAUCGACUACGAAAAGAACUUUGAUGAGCAGUUGGUCAUGGGUGUGGAGGUACCCGACGAUCAAUUCAUGGCCAGUGACAGCAGCAGCGAUGGUUACAGCGAUGGCUUCGACCCUCACGAGGACGAGGACGACGAUGUUAUUCACUCGGCCUAUCAACACAGCGAUCACGACGACCAGGAGAGUAUAGACUCGGUCGAAGAAGACUCAGAUGCUGAUGAGCCAGAGCAAGGCGGCGACAUCCACUUCCCACCAAUGUCUCCCGACACGCCAGCCUCGGUCCCUUGGUGCAACUGCAGCCACACUGACAGCGUGGAAGUCCUCGGCGACAACGGUGUCGUCGUCACCUACUCACAAAGGAAGUUUUGGGAGAAAUGGGUCGUACGGAAAACGUGCACAGAGCACUGCAACAAGUGAUUGGGGGGCAGCCUUUACCACAGUGGACGCAGGGUAGACUCGGACGCCUAUACAGCAGAGGUUACAUGGGGGGUCGCUUCCGCGCCCCACAUCUC